AGCAGAUAAACAGAAAACAGAUUGCACGAUUCACGUGGUUCAUGCCGGGAAAAAUUAAUAAUUUUACGAUAUGGAUGACGUAAAUUCUACGGAGGAUAACGCGGUUAUGGUCGCGGAUAAAUUAUCCGAGCCACCGAUAAAUAUGAGCAAGCGUCAAUUGAAAAGAUUGCUGAGGGAGAAGAAGUGGUUGGAGCGAAAAAGCGAGAAGAGAUUGCGAGAGAGGAUUAAAGCAAGAGAGAAACGUGCGUUUGCACGUGCAAAUAACUUAAGUCUAGGUCCAUCCAGAAAGUUCUUAAAAAAAAGCACCAUGGCUGAAAGUGCUUGCUCGCUUACAGUAACCAUCGACUUGUCAUUCGAUGAGUUAAUGAUCGAUAAGGAUAUCGCUAAGCUAACGAAACAAAUACUAAGGUGCUAUACUUUGAAUAGAAGAGCUACGGCACCUAUGCAAUUUUCCCUCACCAGUUUUACUGGCAAAUCACGAACCAGCAUGGAGAAGCACAAUGGAUAUAAGCAUUGGGAUGUGAGCUUUCAUACGGAGCCGUACAUAAACGUUUAUCCCAAAGAUAAGAUCAUAUAUCUCACGAGCGAAUCAAAUAACGUGAUAGAUUGUCUAGAACAUGAUUGCGUAUAUGUUAUAGGUGGUCUCGUUGAUCACAAUGCGCAUAAGGGUAUGUGUCAUAAAUUAGCGAGAGAGGCGGAUGUCAGACACGGCCGAUUGCCAUUAGAUAAAUUCCUACAGAUGAAAGCAAGAAAAGUGUUGACUAUUGAUCAUGUUUUUGAAAUACUGUUGAGAGUCUCGGAGGGUGAUACCUGGCAAAAAGCAUUUUUAAAGGUGUUACCGGAGAGGAAGAACGCUCGUCCGAUCAUUUCUGUGCAAUCCAAAAGGGACGAAUCACAAGAUUCGAAACCUGUUGAUGUAAAUAAUGCCAUGCCGGUUGAUGUAAAUAAUGCAGUGUCCAUUACUGUAAAUAAUACAUUGACGGUUAUAAAAGAUGUUAAGGAGAACGAUAUCAAACCUGAGUGCAAAGUAGAUUCGAAAGAAAUCUUAAAUGAGAGUUCCUGCAUAACGUAGAAUCGCAAAUGUGUGAUUAAAAGAUGCAAGUAAAAUAUUCAAAAAAAAUUCGCGACGUGCAAAAGGGAAAAUAAAAAAAUUUUAAAUAUAAAAAUAUGUACACAAUAUUUAUGCGUACAAGAAAUCAAAGUAUAAAAGAUUUAAUCAAAUCAGAUUUUUUACGUAAAUAUAAUGUUAAUAACAUUUUUAAAAAUUUUAUUUCAUUUUGACGUUAUUCCUUUUUGCUAUUUCGCGAAUACUGCAGAAAUCAAAGAGAAUCUAUUUUAUUGUAUUAUUUUUAAGGCCGUGUAUAUAAUAACAGCGUAUUUUUGUAUCAUCUGUCGUGUAUUUUCAAAUAUAUGAGAUGCGUAGACAAGAGAAAAACGGCAAACAUCAAUUAUAAACGGGCUACAAAAACGCGUCAGACUCGACAAACACUUCAUCGAUAUUUCACGCGCAUUUGUUUUUUUUUUUACACAUCUCACAGAUACAUGUUACAAUAUAAUACAUUCUUACAUCUAAAAUGUUGUUUGCGCUACCAGAGUGCAGCUUUUUAUUGAUCGUAUUUAGGUACCUUUCGCAUCCUUACUGUCGUACAACGCCGUCGCAAUUGCUUAAUUGUAGCAAUUAGGUCAAACUGACUCUUCAGGUUAAAACGUUUGUACACAGGUGCAUAUUUAUUACAUUGCAAAUGUACAUACGCCUAUUUAAUCAUCCAAAGACAUUAAAUACAAUACCAGUGGUAUUGUACAUAUAUAUGUAUCUACAGUUGAGUCCCCUUAUUCUUUAAAUCCCUGCCUUUCUACUCUUCGUUACCUUUCUUACAAUGAAAGAGUAGCGCAAGACUAGAUGCGGUAGAGAACAAAGAAUACAGGCUUUCGACUGAAUUCGUCUAAAUAAAUAAAUUUUGCUUUCUUCGCA